AUAGAGCUUUGCUGGACCCUCUUCUCCUCCUCCUCAGCUUCACUUACUUAGAAACACAAGAUUUGCAAUGCGUGGAUGCUUGCUAAUUUCUAGAACUAUGGCAUCCAUAGCCUCGCUUUCCAAGCUCACCGUGUCGUCUGCGGGACCGUCUCUAGUGUCUGCUUCUUCCACUGCUCAUAUUGACUCCAGGUUUCUUCUGAGUGCUCGCACGACGUGUAUCUUCUCCGCAGGUCUUCCUUCUUCAUUUUUGAAAUCUAGAAACAGCUUGCGUGAGGGAACUCUUGGUGCACGUGGAUUUAUCCUACAUAAAUCCCCAAAAAUCAAAAGCAGGAGUAUGACAUCAGCCUCGCUAGAGACCCAGACCGACAACCGGCAGUAUUUUGCCCUGAUUUAUGAUUAUGUACCUGACAUACUCGAGAAGCGGGGUCCUCAUAGGCCAGGACAUAUAGCCGUCGCUCGAGAGGAAGAAGCGGAGGGUAAGAUGUGUCUUGGAGGAGCGUGGGGUGAUCCAGUGGAUGGUGCACUUUUUAUCUUUCUUGUCAACUCUGCUGAUGAGGUACAGAAAUUUGUAGAUAGAGAUCCUUACGUAUCGAAUGGGCUUGUCACCAAAAUUGACAUACGUCCUGUUGCUGCUGCUGUUGGCACGUGGAUAACUGCCGCGAAAAAGUAAGGAGUGUAGUUCCAUGUGAGAAAUGUGGAGGCUCAAUAGUUAUAGCUGACGUAAAACGUAGAAUGUGUGCAGCAAAUUACUUGUCGCAAUUACUUUGUAAAAGCUCGCCUUCACAAGUCUAGCUGGUGAUAACAAAUGCAGUUUUCAACAUAAAAUAGACCCAAUUAAACUAUUUUCCGUGAGCUUCAAGGUAUGCCGAUCAGAAAAUAAUCGAAAUUUCUGUCAACCAUUCAUUUUUUUUUCCAAUGUGCAUGUCAUCAAUGACUUGACUGAUGCAUACAGUUGCACUUGUCAUAAUGACUUGACUGAUGCAUACAGUUGCACUUGUCAUAAUGACUUGACACGGCUGACUAGAAAAUUCAACACUCAGUAUGCAUGACUUCGAGUCUAGAUAUAUGAUCGAAGUGCUGAAGGAAUAUAUGCUAUCUUAAGUAGCAUGCUUGGACA